AUGUGUCCUGUCACCAGGGUCAUAUUGAGCGGACUUAGGGCCCUGCUGUACUGUAUCAUGGCCUCCUCUCCUGUGGUGCUGGGUGCCAGUCAGAGAGGGCAUCUGGGGUUGUGUCUAAGUGGUGACUCAGAUUAUUGUGAGUAACUGGCGUGGAGCCCAGGGUUAUUGCAGCAGGAAAAUGUGAAAGUGAAGGAAACUUAAAGAGCUGCACACAAAGUUCACAGAGUAAUGAUGUCAUAACUGUGAGACAGUCAACCAAUUCUGAAUAAGCAGUUUACAGUUAUGAUACCUACAUCCCUGUACCAAAUCAAAUCAAAUCAAAUUUGAUUUGUCACAUGUGCCGAAUAAAACUGGUGUAGACUUGACCAUGAAAUGCUAGCUUACGAGCCCUUCCCAACGAUGCAGAUUAAAAAUAGAAUUACAAGAGGACUAAAAUAAAAUACAUGAGAAUGGAGCUACAGUGGCUUGCGAAAGUAUUCACCCCCCUUGGCAUUUUUCCUAGUUUGUUGCCUUACAACCUGGAAUUAAAAUUGAUUUUUGGGGGGUUUGUAUAAUUUGAUUUACACAGCAUGCCUACCACUUUGAAGAUGCAAAAUCUUUUUUAUUGUUAAACAAACAAGAAAUAAGACAAAAAAACUGAAAGCUUGAGCAUGCAUAACUAUUCACCCCCCCCCCCCCCCCAAUACUUUGUAGAGCCACCUUUUGCAGCAAUUACAGCUGCAAGUCUCUUGGGGUAUCUCUAUAAGCUUGGCACAUCUAGCCACUGGGAUUGUUGCCCAUUCUUCAAGGCAAAACUGCUCCAGCUCCAUCAAGUUGGAUGGGUUCCGCUGGUGUACAGCAAUCUUUAAGUCAUACCACAGAUUCUCAAUUGGAUUGAGGUCUGGGAUUUGAAUAGGCCAUUCCAAGACAUUUAAAUGUUUCCCCUUAAACCACUCGAGUGUUGCUUUAGAAGUAUGCUUAGGGUCGUUGUCCUGCUGGAAAGUGAACAUCCGUCCCAGUCUCAAAUCUCUGGAAGACUAAAACAGGUUUCCCUCAAGAAAUUCCCUGUAUUUAGCGCAAUCCAUCAUUCCUUCAAUUCUGACCAGUUUCCCAGUCCCUGCCGAUGAAAAAGAUCCACACAGCAUGAUGCUGCCACCCCCAUGCUUCACUGUGGGGAUGGUGUUCUCGGGGUGAUGAAAGGUGUUGGGUUUGCGCCAGACAUUGUGUUUUUCUUGAUGGCCAAAAAGCUCAAUUUGAGUCUUAUCUGACCAGAGUACCUUCUUCCAUAUGUUUGAGGAGUCUCCCACAUGCCUUUUGGCGAACACCAAACGUGUUUGCUUAUUUAUUUUUUAUAGCAAUGGCUUUUUUCUGCCCACUCUUCCGUAAAGCCCAGCUCUGUGGAGUGUAUGGCUUAAAGUGGUCCUAUGGACAGAUACUCCUUUGUGGAGCUGUGGAGCUUUGCAGCUCCUUCAGGGUUAUCUUUGGUCUCUUUGUUGCCUCUCUGAUUAAUGCCCUCCUUGCCUGGUCCGUGAGUUUUGGUGGGCAGCCCUCUCUUGGCAGGUUUGUGUGGUGCCAUAUUCUUUCCAUUUUUUAAUAAUGGAUUUUAUGGUCCCCCUUGGGAUGUUCAAAGUUUCUGAUUUUUUUAUAACCCAACCCUGAUCUGUACUUCUCCACAACUUUGUCCCUGAUCUGUUUGGAGAGCUCCUUUGUCUUCAUGGUGCUGCUUGCUUGGUGGUGCCCCUUGCUUAGUGGUGUUGCAUACUCUGGGGCCUUUCAGAACAGGUGUAUAUAUACUGAGAUCAUGUGACACUUAGAUUGCACACAGGUGGACUUUAUUUAACUAAUUAUGUGACUUCUGAAGGUAAUUGGUUGCACCAGAUCUUAUUUAGGGGCUUCAUAGCAAAGGGGGUGAAUACAUUUGCAGGCACCACUUUUCCGUUAUUAAUUUUUUUGAAUUCUUUGAAACAAGUAAUUUUUUUCAUUUCACUUCACCAAUUUGGACUAUUUUGUGUAUGUCCAUUACAUGAAAUCCAAAUAAAAAUCAAUGUAAAUUACAGGUUGUAAUACAACACAAUAGGAAAAACACCAAGGGGGAUGAAUACUUUUGCAAGUCACUACAGAGAGUACCAGUUUCAGAUCAAUGUGCAGAGGUACGAGGUAUUUGAGGUAGAUAUGUACAUGAAGGCAGGGUAAAAGGGACUAAAGGCAGGGUAAAAGUGACGGAACUCGUAAGAUGUCGCCCUUCUCCAAAGGCACCAUCUUUACCACAAACUUACACCUAGUCACAUGUUUUAUAGGGCAGACUAGCGACCAUUCUCAUUGGCUCUGACAGCUCUUACGUGUGCUGUUCCUGAGAGGGUGGCCACUGAAUGAGAAGAAAGGUGCCUACGGCUGACGCAUUGACCACCUUUGGAGAUCCAAGGAACAUUGACAAUGUCAUCGAGGGUGAUAGGGCACAAAGGCAUUCUUUCAAUGAGUCGCUGUCUGUUGAAUCACUCAAGCCCAGACAUAACACACUCAGGGCUAGGCAACAGGCCAUACAGUUUUUGUGUAAGUAUGUAUACCACACUGUAUAUUUAGUGAUUUAUUGAACCACUCAGCGCCUAAUCAGCAACAUACCACUGAGUAAUAAAAAGGAGAUGUCAUAAUAUUUACAUGAACAGCGUUUGGAUAACUUUAUUGAAAGCUCUUUGAAGCCAGGAUCUUAGCCCGCUCUCUGAAGUGACUAAAUUAAAUGUGCUAGUUAGAUUAAUGCUGAAGCACCAAAAAUAUAUCUUGCAUUUGAGGGAGUAAGCCCAGUGGGGCUGUGGAGCCUGUGCAUUGUUUUCCCUGUGCUGGGUCUACCAGGUGGAGGGAGUCGUAUGUCCCCUUGCCCCCCCCCACCCCCCACCCCGAGCUCCAUCCCUCUGCAAAUCCCCCCGACGCCUCUCCCUAAUUCCCCUCAAGCCAGUGGGGCUGUCCAGCAUCCUCCAAUAAAUUAGCCCAGUGGCCCCCGCUGCGUAUUAGGCCCUAACAGUCUGUCCACUGGCCAGGGGCCGAGCCACAAGCCCCAUGUACAGUGAGGAAAAAAAGUAUUUGAUCCCCUGCUGAUUUUGUACGUUUGCCCACUGACAAAGAAAUGAUCAGUCUAUAAUUUUAAUGGUAGGUUUAUUUGAACAGUGAGAGACAGAGUAACAACAAAAAAAUCCAGAAAAACGCAUGUCAAAAAUGUUAUACAUUUAUUUGCAUUUUAAUGAGGGAAAUAAGUAUUUGACCCCCUCUCAAUCAGAAAGAUUUCUGGCUCCCAGGUGUCUUUUAUACAGGUAACGAGCUGAGAUUAGGAGCACACUCUUAAAGAGAGUGCUCCUAAUCUCAGCUUGUUACCUGUAUAAAAGACACCUGUCCACAGAAGCAAUCAAUCAAUCAGAUUCCAAACUCUCCACCAUGGCCAAGACCAAAGAGCUCUCCAAGGAUGUCAGGGACAAGAUUGUAGACCUACACAAAGCUGGAAUGGGCUACAAGACCAUCGCCAAGCAGCUUGGUGAGAAGGUGACAACAGUUGGUGCGAUUAUUCGCAAAUGGAAGAAACACAAAAGAACUGUCAAUCUCCCUCGGCCUGGGGCUCCAUGCAAGAUCUCACCUCGUGGAGUUGCAAUGAUCAUGAGAACGGUGAGGAAUCAGCCCAGAACUACAUGGGAGGAUCUUGUCAAUGAUCUCAAGGCAGCUGGGACCAUAGUCACCAAGAAAACAAUUGGUAACACACUACGCAGUGAAGGACUGAAAUCCUGCAGCGCCCGCAAGGUCCCCCUGCUCAAGAAAGCACAUAUACAGGCCUGUCUGAAGUUUGCCAAUGAACAUCUGAAUGAUUCAGAGGAGAACUGGGUGAAAGUGUUGUGGUCAGAUGAGACCAAAAUUGAGCUCUUUGGCAUCAACUCAACUCGCCGUGUUUGGAGGAGGAGGAAUGCUGCCUAUGACCCCAAGAACACCAUCCCCACCGUCAAACAUGGAGGUGGAAACAUUAUGCUUUGGGGGUGUUUUUCUGCUAAGGGGACAGGACAACUUCACCGCAUCAAAGGGACGAUGGACAGGGCCAUGUACCAUCAAAUCUUGGGUGAGAACCUCCUUCCCUCAGCCAGGGCAUUGAAAAUGGGUCGUGGAUGGGUAUUCCAGCAUGACAAUGACCCAAAACACACGGCCAAGGCAACAAAGGAGUGGCUCAAGAAGAAGCACAUUAAGGUCCUGGAGUGGCCUAGCCAGUCUCCAGACCUUAAUCCCAUAGAAAAUCUGUGGAGGGAGCUGAAGUUUCGAGUUGUCAAACGUCAGCCUUGAAACCUUAAUGACUUGGAGAAGAUCUGCAAAGAGGAGUGGGACAAAAUCCCUCCUGAGAUGUGUGGAAACCUGGUGGCCAACUACAAGAAACGUCUGACCUCUGGGAUUGCCAACAAGGGUUUUGCCACCAAGUACUAAGUAAUGUUUUGCAGAGGGGUCAAAUACUUAUUUCCCUCAUUAAAAAAAUGCAAAUACAUUUAUAACAUUUUUGACAUGCGUUUUUUGCUGUUAUUCUGUCUCUCACUGUUCAAAUAAACCUACCAUUAAAAUUAUAGACUGAUAAUUUCUUUGUCAGUGGGCAAACGUACAAAAUCAGCAGGGGAUCAAAUACUUUUUUCCCUCACUGUAUGCUACUGACUGAGCCUAGUGUAACCCAUACUGUCCUACAGCAAACAGCUAGGUCAGCUUGGGAGAAAUUGACUGUAGUUGCAGUUUUUGUCUCAUUGUGGUUUGGAUGGUUUUGUUUGUUUAAUUCUGUUUCUUUUACAUAUUAUGUCCAUGUAAUUCUGAUUCUGUUUCCUAUCACACUAGGUUUUUUACUCCAGCUAUCUUCUGCCUGUGGCUGCUGUCUUGUGGUGUAUCUGGUUCUAGUUGUCUGACAGUGUCUCUGUUCUCUCUCUCUCCAGUACUGCUGAGCCUGCUGACGGCCGGCGCCCAGACAGAAAUGAAGAGAGUCGUCGGAGACAACACCACCCUGCCGUGCCACCAUCAGUUCUGGCAGUCCAACGCGCAGUCGCUCGACAUCGAGUGGCUACUGCAGAAACCCAACUCCAAGCAGAGAGUGGUGAGGAAGCUGCUCUCUCUCUCUCUCUCUCUCUCUCUCUCUCUCUCUCUCUCUCUCUCUCUCUCUCUCUCUCUCUCUCUCUCUCUCUCUCUCUCUCUCUCUCUCUCUCUAUCUAUCUCUCUCUCUCUCUCUCCUGUCUUUCUUUGUCAUUGUCUCUCUUCCCAUCUUUCACUCUCCCCCCCCACCCCUCAAUCUCUUUGUUGCAACCAAUCUGAUAUAAUUUUAAUGGCUUUUUCAGAGGCACACUUAUACAACACAACGUUCCUCCAAUUUGUUUCCUUCCCAUCUCAACCCUUUUCUACUUCCUACAGUUUACUCUUACUCUCUCCCAAUUCCUAAUGCCUCUAUUUAUUUAAACUGCUCAGGGUUUUGUACAUUGGCUUUUUCAGAUUCCCUGAAGUGUUACAAUAACGACAGAGAUACAGUAGUAAACAAAUUACUGUGGCUGAAAGUCCACCUGAGACACAGUUAAUAAAUAAUGCCUGUACACCAUACCAGCUGUGAAAAUAGAAUACCUAGACCUUCCAGUCCCUGACACUUGAAUUAGACCACAUCAAUACUGCCAGUUCUUAAUAGAAUAAAAAUGGAUCCAUCCUAUCACCUACCUUGAAUCAUUUACCCGAGUCUAAAAACAGCCCUAAUGUAAUUACUUGUGUUGUAGCUCUCAGAAGAUGUUAGAGUAUCAGUUUCUGUUUUGAUUUGUUCCUGUUUUUUCUUAAUGAAAUGCAUCAUCUGAUAACAUUAAGACUGUGAAAUCCCAACAGGCCUCAUCAGAAGAAAGAGAUUUCUUUUCUCUUAGGAAGUAAUUCGUUAACACACUGAUCUGUUGAUUAGCAGUGAGAGAUUUGGUUCCACAAGAGAAGGGAGGCAGGAGAGAAGGGAGGAGGGAGAGAAGGGAGGAGGGAGAGAAGGGAGGCGGGAGAGAAGGGAGGAGGGAGAGAAGGGAGAAGGGAGGAGGGAGAGAAGGGAGGCGGGAGAGAAGGGAGGAGGGAGAGAAGGGAGGAGGGAGAGAAGGGAGGAGGGAGAGAAGGGAGGCGGGAGAGAAGAGAGGAGGGAGAGAAGGGAGGAGGGAGAGAAGGGAAGAGGGAAAGAAGGGAGGAGGGAAAGAAGGGAAGAAAGGGGAAAACAACUAACACAUUGAAACUUCUGAAGGGGCUGGCACAUUGCAUUGAAUAUUUAACUGGGAGAUAAAAUUGAAAGUACCAUUAAUUAAAAUAAGACACUUGAAACCCUACCUCUUUAAGGAAUACCUGGGAUAGUAUAAAAUAAAUCCUUCUAUAUAUAUAUAUAUAUAUAUAUAUAUAUAUAUAUAUAUAUAUAUAUAAAACAAAUGAAAAUUAAAAAUAUACUCUAAAAAUUAAAACAUUAAAAAAUUAGAAAAAUGUUUUUUGUGGUUGUCCCACUGGCUAUCAUAAGGUGAAUGCACCUAUUUGUAAGUCGCUCUGGAUAAGAGCGUCUGCUAAAUGACGUAAAUGUAAAUGAAAAAUGUAAAACGUCUGAUAAUUUGAUUAGGAACGAGACUGUGCUUGUGGCGGAAUGAAUAACUCAUUAUUUUAUUUUUGCUGGAAGGCCGUGUUGAAAUGGAAAAGAGCAGCUUGUCAACAUUUAGCCUCUGUUGCUGAGCGUACAGGCUACAUGUGUCAGGAGCACAGAGGGGAGAGAAAGCCUGAGCAAGGGCAAGGUUCACUGGUGCCAACCUGGGGAUGCGUAUGCUAAUGCUAAUGGUGCUAACCACCCAUAGGCCCAUAUACUGAGGACUUCAACAGACAGGGGGAAAUGGAAGUCAUUCGUUAACACACUGAUCUGUUGAUUAGCAGUGAGAGAUUUGGUUCCACAAGAGAAGGGAGGCAGGAGAGAAGGGAGGAGGGAGAGAAUAGAGGAGGGAGAGAAGGGAGGAGGGAGAGAAGGGAAGAAAGGGGAAAACAACUAACACAUUAAAACUUCUGAAGGGGCUGGCACAUUGCAUUGAAUAUUUAACUGGGAAAUAAAAUUGAAAGUACCAUUAAUUAAAAUAAGACACUUGAAAUCCUACCUCUUUAAGGAAUACCUGGGAUAGUAUAAAAGUAAUCCUUCUACCAAUAUACUCUAAAAAUUAAAAAAUUAAAAAAUUGGGGGUGCGUAUGCUAAUGCUAAUGGUGCUAACCACCCAUAGGCCCAUAUACUGAGGCCUUCCACAGACUCUGGUGUUGGAUGCUGUAUUCAAUUCAAAUACACAUCAUCCAGACCCCUCUUUCCCCCUCUCAUAAACAUAUGUUCAGAGCCAGAAGGACAAACACAUACACACCUGCAAAUACUGUACACUCCACAUCCAAAAUGGAUGAACACAGCAGGAGUGUGCCCAUUGGCAAAUGCACAGUAACUUGAAACGCAUUGCGCAGGUGCCAGGGUCAUAUCACAGAGUGCCUGUGGCAGGGCUCAGUGUGUGUGUGUGUGUGUGUGUGUGUGUGUGUGUGUGUGUGUGUGUGUGUGUGUGUGUGUGUGUGUCCACAAGAAUAGUAAAAUAACAAAAAUGUGACCAAUUUGGGACAUUUUGUUAGUCCCCACAAGGUCAAAUGCUAUUUUUAGGGGGUUUAGGGUUAAGGUUAGAAUUAGUAUUAGGGUUAGAAUUAGGUUUAGGUUCAGGGUUAGGAGCUAGGGUUAGAUUUAGGGUUAAGAUUAGGUUUUGGGGUUAAGGUUAGGGUUAGGGUAAGGGUUAGAGUUAGGGUUAGGGGUUAGGGAAAAUAGGAUUUUGAAUGGGACUGAACUUUGUGUCCCCACAAGGUUAGUUGUACAUGAAUGUGUGUGUGUGUGUGUGUGUGUGUGUGUGUGUGUGUGUGUGUGUGUGUGUGUGUUGUGUGUGUGUGUAAAUGGCCAGUCGUCACCUGCGAGCGCAGCAGGUAAACCCAGCUCCUGUGGCACUGAUGUGCUGUGGCACCAGCGUUUAGCAGUCCCCAUCUGCAGGCUCUCAGUUGCCCUGAGUAAUAGGCUGCUGUGACAGCUGUGUUUGAUGUUGUUGUAGUAGUGUGUGUGUGUGUGUGUGUGUGUGUGUGUGUGUGUGUGUGUGUGUGUUUACAAGGGAGAGAGAGAAAAAGACAAAGAGAGGGUACAUGUCUGUACUGUGUGUGUGUCUUUAUGAGCAAGUGGUGUCCAUGCAUGUCUAAAUCCAGAUACAGAUCUAAUGUCUUUACAUAUGUCUCUGCGUACAGCUCUCUCAGUGUGUCUCAUUGUCUCUCUCCCCAACCCAGAUCAUCACGUUUUUCGGGGGCCAGGUGUACACCAACGAGGUGACCAGCGAGGCCAGUCGUCUGUCCUUCGCCGGAGACUACCUGAAAGGAGACGCCUCCCUGCUCCUCAGUGACCUACAGCUGACCGACUCUGGAGAGUACUACUGCAAGGUCAAGACGGGGGGAAAGUACCACUGGAGCCAGGUCAACCUCAUAGUGCUGGGUGAGUCUGCUCUCCAGUUCUGUCUCUCACACACGCUAAUCAAUAGGGAAUUAGCCCGGCACAUUUCCUCUCUCAUGCUGACUGAUCUAAUAAUUAAAUAUGAUUUAGACGGAGUGAUUCGAUUUAGAUUUUUUGUUUGGCCUUGUUUCUCUGUUGCGAGGGUCUCUGAGAUGUGUGGUUGUUGAGGCAUAUUGAAGUAACAUAUCGUAAAUAAUAUAUUAUGUCUAAAAAUGGCUGACGUGGAUUGACCGCUUGUCAGCUUGAAACAGAUGAUGCAGAAUUUAGUUGUUAAUGGGGAAGUUCACCCAUUUUUACAGGUGGCCUUAUUUUCACUCUUUCUGUGCAUGUAGUUGAGACCCCAAACCAUUUAUUUAUAUUUUGUUUUGUUACAGAGAAAAUUGGUUGUCACAUCACUUGCCAAAGACUACAAUGCAUUAUGAAAAUGUGUCUAAGCAUGUUAUAAAAUGCUCCAAACCACCUCAUAUUACAUCAGAAUCUCAUUCUGGAUAACGCCUCUGUAAUCCAUAUUAGAAAACGUUUUCCACUGUCCCAUCAAUCCAUAUUUGCAUAUUUUUGUUGUUGUUGUAAACAGCAUCAUUCAAACAUGGGUUUAUGGCAUGGUGGAAAGAAAAUCCCAAAUUGAGUGCAGAGGCAUUCUCCAGAAUGAGAUUCUGAUGUAAUAUGAGGUGGUUUGGAGUGUUUUCGAGCGUUUUAUAACAUGUUUUAAACACAUUUUCACAAUGCAUUGUAGUCUAUGGCAAGUGAUGACUCAGCAAAUUGUGACAAACAAUUAUCUCUGUAACAAAACAAAACAAAUUAAAACUGUUUGGGGAUCAACUAGAAGCACAGAAAGAGUGAAAAUAAGGCUACAUGUAAAAAUUUGUGAACUUCCCCUUUAAACAUUAGGAAUAAAAUUUGCUACCAUGAUAUGAAAAUGUGUUUUCUGUCAUCAACUAUACGGCAGACAAGCUCUUUUUUAAUUAUUAAAUACCAGACAGAGUUCUGAGCCGUCAUUCAGCUUUCAUAAGUAUGAUGACAAAGCCAGUUGGGCUGCUUUAGCAGAGGCAAAGACCCCAUGGUUGUUUUAUUCUCUGUUCUGUUAAAUUUCUUCAUUGCCCCAAUACACAGAGGCUUGGCUGAUCUGUUUGAAAAGGUUUAGUUUUAACUGGUUCUGUGGUAAAUGUGUCUCUGCAUAUCUUUGAAUAGACAAACAGCUUUGAAGGACAGACAGGCAAGUAGAGAGAAGCAAUACCACAAAGCCGUCUAGUAGUCCAGUGGGGGAAGUGAGAUCAUUCUCAAUGUCAGAAACCAUGCAAUUUAUUAAAACAUCAUGGGAGAUUAGUUCAACCGGUGGUUAUUUGUUCUUUAAUGGAACAGUCUCUUAAUCCUUUCUCUUUUUCUCUCUCUCCUCCAUAAAGACAUUUCAUUGAGUUAGCGCCUAGAUUUUUACAAAUUGCCCUCAGCUUUGCAGUGACACUUUCGAUUUUGAGAGACGAACAUUUGCAUUUUUCUUUCGCAGUCCCGACGUUAAGAUAAUGGGUUGGCAGAGGAGCUGACGGCUGGCUGGGCCCCUGUGUCAGUGUGUGUGUCCUCGCGCUGGCUGCUCCUGCUGCAGAGAGAGCGGCCUAACUGGCUCUGACAGAGCUGUGAGAUGUACUGCAGAAUCCACAGCACUCUCCUCAGCCCCGUUAUUACAUCCCUUACUGAGCAUGUGAGCAGCAUGUUCACCAGGCCAGUUAGACUGGAAGGGAAGGGAUGGAGGGAAAGGAUGGAUGGAUGGAAGGAAGGAGGAAGUGAUGAAGGAAUGGCUUGAGGGAUAGAGGGAUGGGUUGAGGGAUGGAGGGAGAGAUAUAGGGAGGACUGGAGCAGCUGCUGUGAAGCAGCCAUACAGAGCUUAGAGCAUGGCUGGCCAUCUAGUGACCUCCAGGCCACAGGAACUUAGGAGCACAGGACUCUCUCCUGACCUGUCUCUGUCUGCAAGCUUUCAAAACCAACUCACAGUCACUUAUUGAUCUAGGCCUGGGGCCUUUAAUACUGCUCUUAAUCCCAGCAUUGACUUCCAUGAGAAACAAGCAAGCUAUUGUUACACUCAACAAUCUUUUACUAUUAUUUCACGUUUAAACAUGCUGCUACAGUAUGUCAUACUCUGAGCUAAACAGUAUAUUAUAUGAAUUAAUCAUUAUCCGUAGUAGGUACCAUCCUGUGUUAUUUUUGUAUAAUAGUGUUAUUUGUAGUGUUAUAUAACUACUGUUCUGUUGUUUCUACAGUGAAGCCCUCUAAGCCGCGAUGCUGGAUGGACGGCAGGCUGUUGGAGGGCAGUGACGUUAAACUGAGCUGCAAAUCCAGUGACGGCUCAGACCCUAUCAAAUACAAUUGGGAGAGGGUGCUGGAUAAGGGAAAGAGUGUUGGGAAACUCCCCCUACUGGCACUGAGAGGUAAAUAGAUUGUCCACAAGUACACACGCUGCACCCCAUUUCAUCCAUGUGUAUGUGUAGCACGGGUCCCCUAAAGAGGAUGUUACAUAGAACAGUGCCUUUGGAAAGUAUUCAGACCCCUUGACUUUUUCCUCAUUUUGUUCAGUUACAGCCUUAUUCUAAAAUGGAUUAAAUUGUUUUUUCCCCUCAUCAAUCUACACCCAAUACCCCAUAAUGACAAAGCAAAAACCGUUUUUUAUAUAUUUUUACUAAUUUAUUAAAAAUAAAACACUGAAAUGUCACAUUUACAUAAGUAUUCAGACCCUUUACUCAGUACUUUGUUGAAGCACCUUUGGCAGAGAUUACAGCCUCGAGCCUUCUUGGGUAUGACGCUACAAGCUUGGCACACCUGUAUUUGGGGAGUUUCUCCCUUUCUUCUCUGCAGAUCCUCUCAAGCUCUGUCAGGUUGGAUGGGGAGCGUUGCUGCACAUCUAUUUUCAGUGGCUUCCAUCUGGCCACUCAACCAUAAAGGCUUGAUUGGUGGAGUGCUGCAGAGAUGGUUGUCCUUCUGGAAGGUUCUCCCAUCUCCACAGAGGAACUCUAGAGCACUGUGAGAGUGACCAUCGGGUUCUUGGUCACCUCCCUGACCAAGGCCCUUCUCCCCCGAUUGCUCAGUUUGGCCAGGUGGCCAGCUCUACGAAGAGUCUUGGUGGUUCCAAACUUCUUCCAUUUAAGAAUGAUGGAGGCCACCGUGUUCUUGGGGACCUUCAAUGCUGAACAAAUAUUUUCGUACCCUUUCCCAGAUCUGUGCCUCGACAAAAUCCUGUCUCUGAGCUCAAUGGACAAUUCCUUCGACCUCAUGGCCUUGUUUUUUCUCUGACAUGCACUGUCAACUGUGGGACCUUAUACAGACAGGCAUGUGCCUUUCCAAAUCAUGUCCAAUCAAUUUAGUUUUCCACAGGUGGACUCCAGUCAAGUUGUAGAAACAUCUCAAGGAUGAUCAAUGGAAACAAGAUGCACCUGAGCUCAAUUUCGAGUCUCAUAUCAAAGGGUCUGAAUACUUAUGUAAAUAAGGUAUUUCUGCUAUUAUUAUUAUUAUUUUUUGCAAACAUUUCUGAAAACCUGUUUUCGCUUUGUCAUUAUGGGGUAUUGUGUAGAUUGCUGAGGAUUUAUUUUUAUUUCAUCCAUUUUAGAAUAAGGCUGUAAUGUAACAAAAUGUGGAAAAAGUCAAUGGGUCUGAAUGCUUUCCGAAGGCACUGUAUAUGUUACUUUGAUGAUAGUAUUUCCCAGAAUAAAUUUCAUCCCCAAACACCUAAAUUCCAGUCUGCCUCCAAACACCAAAAUGUAGUGGAGAUUCAAUAUACAGUUGAAGUCAGAAGUUUACAUACACCUUAGCCAAAUACAUUUAAAUUCAGUUUUUCACAAUUCCUGACAUUUAAUCCUAGUACAAAUUCCCUGUCUUAGGUCAGUUAGGAUCACCACUUUAUUUUAAGAAUGUGAAAUGUCAGAAUAAUAGUAGAGAGAAUGAUUUAUUUCAGCUUUGAUUUAUUUCAUCACAUUCCCAGUGGGUCAGAAGUUUACAUACACUCAAUUAGUAUUUGGUAACAUUGCCUUUAAAUUGUUUAACUUGGGUCAAACGUUUCGGGUAGCCUUCCACAAGCUUCCCACAAUAAGUUAGGUGAAUUUUGGCCCAUUCCUCCUGACAGAGCUGGUGUAACUGAAUCAGGUUUGUAGGCCUUCUUGCUCGCACACGCUUUUUCAGUUCUGCCCACACAUUUUCUUAUAGGAUUGAGGUCAGGGCUUUGUGAUGACCACUCCAAUACCUUGACUUUGUUGUCUUAAGCCAUUUUGCCACAACUUUGGAAGUAUGCUUGGGGUCAUUGUCCAUUUGGAAGACCCAUUUGCGACCAAGCUUUAACUUCCUGACUGAUGUCUUGAGAUGUUGCUUCAAUAUAUCCACAUAAUUUUCCUUCCUCAUGAUGCCCUCUAUUUUGUGAAGUGCACCAGUCCCUCCUGCAGCAAAGCACCCCCACAGCAUGAUGCUGACACCCCCGUGCUUCAUGGUUGGGAUGGUGUUCUUCAGCUUGUAAGCCUUCCCCUUUUUCCUCCAAACAUAACGAUGGUCAUUAUGGCCAAACAGUUCUAUUUUUGUUUCAUCAGACCAGAGGACAUUUCUCCAAAAAGUAUGAUCUUUGUCCCCAUGUGCAGUUGCAAACCGUAGUCUGGCUUUUUAUGGCGGUUUUGGAGCAGUGGCUUCUUCCUUGCUGAGUGGCCUUUCAGGUUAUGUCGAUAUAUGACUCGUUUUACUGUGGAUAUAGAUACUUUUGUACCUGUUUCCUCCAGCAUCUUCACAAGGUCGUUUGCUGUUGUUCUGGGAUUGAUUUGCACUUUUCGCACCAAAGUACGUUCAUCUCUAGGAGACAGAAUGCGUCUCCUUCCUCAGCGGUAUGACGGCUGCGUGGUCCCAUGGUGUUUAUACUUGCGUAGUAUUGUUUGUACAGAUGAACGUGGUACCUUCAGGCAUUUGGAAAUUGCUCCCAAGGAUGAACCAGACUUGUGGAGGUCUACAAUAUUUUUCCUAAGGUCUUGGCUGAUUUCUUUUGAUUUUCCCAUGAUGUCAAGCAAAGAGGCACUGAGUUUGAAGGUAGGCCUUGAAAUACAUCCACAGGUACACCUCCAAUUGACUCAAAUUAUGUCAAUUAGCCUAUCAGAAGCUUCUAAAGCCAUGACAUCAUUUUCUGGAAUUUUCCAAGCUCUUUAAAGGCACAGUCAACUUAGUGUAUGUAAACUUCUGACCCACUGGAAUUGUGAUACAAUGAAUUAUAAGUGAAAUAAUCUGUCUGUAAACAAUUGUUGGAAAAAUUACUUGUGUCAUGCACAAAGUAGAUGUCCUAACCGACUUGCCAAAACUAUAGUUUGUUAACAAGAAAAUAGUGGAGUGGUUGAAAAACAAGUUUUAAUGACUCCAACCUAAGUGUAUGUAAACUUCCGACUUCAACUGUAGCAUGAAAACUUCCUAAUAACGGCAAUUCCGCCAUUCUUCAUCCACCUCCUAGACCAGGGUUCCCCAACUGGCGGCUGAUUUUGGCCCGCAUGUGAUUUUAUUUGGCCCCGCAAGUUUCCUGCCAAAAAAUUGGGGGACAUAAAAGACUGUAAAAACACCAGCAAAUCAGCUCCAAGUGAUUUUUAUUUAGAAAAUGUGUCCAAAAGUAUUCUCACACCUAAUAGAGAGAUAUAUGUGAUCGUAUACAAAUGUAAGCAAGGUUUGAAAUUAUUAUGUUAUAUAUCUGUUUGGGCUUCUUGUGGUCAAUUUUGCAUUCUACAAAUGAUUAGUAAUUACGUUCCGGCCCCCUGACCAUCCGCUAAAAAUAAAAUUGUGCCGUGGCUGAAUCUAGUUGAUGAUCCCUAUACUAGAUGCAUCUACCCCUCAAGGCCACAACAACACACCUUCAUUAAAUAUUUCCCCACUCAAUUCGCAAUAGCCAUGGCACGUGCCCAUGCCAAAAGCCUAGAAAUUAAUUACCUCCAUGAAACAACACCUGUACAGUCUAAUUAGUUUUCAUUGGGCGAUAAAACACAUCGUUGUGGGCCAUUAUUUAUUGGUGGUGGUGAAAGGUAAUAUCACGUGACUGUUGUGACGGGAUGACUAAGCGACUCUGAACCCCGUAAAGCUCCAUCGUUCUCUCAGACAAACUCUUUAAACUCCCCCUAAAUUCCCCCAGUGUCUACGGGCCCGCUCUUCAAUCACCAGAGCCACGCUGAGUCUGAGUACAUCCAAUCUCUCAGAGGCCAAGAUCAACAUUUGUGAGUUUGUCUCCUCCUGCUCUGUCCCACAAAGUGUGAUACAUCAGAGCUGACACACUAUUACAGACAGGAAUGGUUAGCCCAAAACAUGAGUCAGGUCUAACUAGGCUCAACACUCAUCAAUACAAUUUCACCUUAAUACAGCCUAAUAAUGCAUUUUUCUUGCUGCUGGUCUGUUACUAGAUUAUCAUAGAAUGGAGUGGAUCAGAGUUGAGUAGACUUUGAUAUGAAGUACAGUACAUCACUGCAAGGAUUUACUACAUGCUGUUAAUCAAAUUACUCUUCAAGGUCACGCUAACUGUAGAAGUGCAUGAAACCAUUGUAGUGGAAAUACAAACUGCACCACAGACCCCAGUCCUCUAGGCUUUCCCGGGUUGAGCAGGUUGUUAAAUCACAGUCUAUCUAUCUCUCCUACAGAUCAGAAGAAUCCAGAGAUCGUCACCCUGCGGAACCUGACGAAGGACAGUACAGGUGUCUACAAGUGCACUGCCAGCAAUGACGUGGGCGAGGAGAACUGCAUCAUCGAGGUCACCAUGCAGUGUGAGUAGCGAGAACUGCUCUCCGGCUCCGCACCACACCGUGCUACGAUGGUGAUGAAUGACUGUAGUUUCCAACAGCACCUGAAAAUUCGUUCCCCCCCCCCACCCCGCCUCAGUGAACCAACACUGGGGACUGUACCGUUAAAACAGUGGACAUUGGUCAUCAGCUUCGCUCAAACAGCCAUGUUUCAAUGUCAUAGUAAUAGAUUUCCAGAAAAGCACAGGAAUUUUAGGGUCACAAAGGGGUGAACUGUUGGGGACAUGAUUUAUAAGUUAACACAGCAACAUAAAUGGUUUGAUACCAUUUUGUUAGAUUCAUAGCUUUGUAGGGGACUGAACACAUAAUACACACAACACCAGCAAAAAAUAUUUGAUCCACAAACUCACAGGAUUUACCUAUCGGGACUAAACCAUUAUUUUCAAAGGGAUUGUUUAUGUGAGAAGCAUCAAUAUUUGCAUGUGUGCACAGCACAGUAUGGAUACUGUACGUGCUGGUGCAUUUGUGGUGGUUUUUCUCUGCCCUUCUGAUGUCACAGAUGUGUGAUGAUCCACAGAUGUUCGAGGGAUGGGCGUGCUGGCAGGUGCCGUGGUGGGCGUUUCCUUUGGUGUUCUCCUCAUCAUCCUAAUCAUCUGGCUCGUCUUCCGCAAGAAGGAGAAGAAGAAGUAUGAGGAGGAGGAGACUCCCAACGAGAUCAGGUCAGUUAUUUUUCUUCUUAUUCUGUUCCUCUUUCGCUCUUUCUGUCUAACUAAAGUACUAAAGCAAAGCACCAACUUCUGUGCGUGUGUAUGUACACAUGCGUGUGUGUCUGUAGUACAUCCCUCAUUGUCAAGCGUAGUAUUGAUUGGUUUCUGACAACCUCCUUUUCACACCUCUCUGCUCCCGUGCCCAGCGCUUCUCUUCUCUCCAGAGCAGGCCUUAGCAGGCGGCAGGGCCUAGGUAUGGAUAGAGGCCGUGUUUGACUCCCAGAGUGAGAGCUACAGUAAACUGGGGCCUCCAGGCUGCUAAUAGCACAGCUAGUUACAGCAGAAAAAAAAAUGUCACAGCUUGGAGGCUGUGUAGCUGCUUAUUUGCCGGUGUUCAGAUGAAUAAUGCAGCUUGACUGGGGAAGACUGUGUAGUAAAUAAUGCAGACUACGGGGAGGUGUUUCCUGUUUACAUGCCAUGUUUAGCCACUGAGCGGGCGGGAUGGGAUGGAGCUCGCAGGCUAGGUGACGUAGUUUUCUGAAGUGGGGUUGGUGACGGUGGCGCCGGUGUAAUGUGGUGAAUUUAGACCAAGACGAAUAAGACUAUUUUUAUUUAGACACUGUGUCAGACCCAGAUGAUAAUGCAGCAAGUGCAGUGGAGCAUCACCAAACCCUUUUCCCUGAUUGUAUAAGACAGUUUUCUCCACUGGAUUUCCUCAGAAAGGCCGUAGACUUUGUCUAAGUUUAUGUUUGUCUCUGUGUGCAUGCUUGGGGUCACGACUGGCCGAAUCUAAGUAGCUCUUAUUUGUUUUUGCUGUAUGUCUCCAUACAGGGAGGAUGCAGAGGCUCCCAAGGCCAAGCUGGUGAAGCCCAACUCCUUGUCCUCGUCCCGCUCUGGCAGCUCCCGCUCCGGGGCCUCCUCAACACAGUCCAUGGUGCACAACACCGCCCCCCGCGGGCACCGCCCUCGCCUCCCAGCCAUUGCUGCCCUGAAGGAGAACGGACAGCCCCCUGACUUCCCCCAGUCCCCCCCAGCCUACACCACGGUGGUAACCCCCAACAAGACCCCUGAGCACCCCGGCACCCCCAAAUACAACAUCAACUCCAGGAACCAGAUGUCUGGGCCCACUCCCCCCACUCUCAUGGUCCCUGCCCAGACCAAGGCCUUUCAAACUGUGUAG